CACUUUCUCCUCGCUCAGUCAACGCCGCCUGCACUCCACUCCCACCCCGACCAUGGCCGCCAUCGUCGAGCAAGUCAUGGGGUGGUUCCCCGAGGCCGUCGGUGCCCAAGCCAUCGCAAUGCCCCCCUCCCUCUCCGCCGCCGCUGGCUACGACGGCGAGGACCGCGUCAGCACCCUCCCGGACGACCUCCUCCGCAACAUCGUCUCACGCCUCGCCCUCAAGGACGCCGCCCGCACCGCCUCCCUCGCCUCCCGCUGGCGCCACCUCUGGAAAUCCGCCCCGCUCGUCCUCCGCGACGUAGAUCUGCCCCGGUCCGUGGUCGGCCGCGUCCUCGCCGACCACUCGGGUCCCUUCCGCGGCGCCACCUUCGCCCGCUGCCGGUUCGCGUACCACGGGCGCGCGCUCGCCGACUGGCCGCGCCUCCUCGCCUCCAAGGGCGUGGAGGACCUCGUCCUCGUCGACAACGUCUGCGACCCCACCGCCGACACCCUGCCCCUCCCCGCCGACGUCCUCCGCUGCGCCUCGCUCCAGCGCCUCUUCCUGGGUUUCUGGACCUUCCCGGACACAGCCGGCCUACCCCGCGGCGCCGGCGUGUUCCCCUACCUCCGGGAGCUCUACAUGUUCCUAAUCACCAUCACCGACCGAGGCCUCGACUACAUGCUCGCCUGCAGCCCGGUUCUCGAGACCCUCGCGCUCAUCUUCAACAAGACGCCCGAGCGCGUCCUCCUCCGCAGCAAAAGCCUGCGGUGCGUGCUCCUCUGGUUGUCAAUGGUGGAGGGGGAGAUCGCCGUGGUGGAGGCGCCGGUCCUGGAGCGGCUCAUCCUGUUUGAAGCGCCUACUGGAGGUUCUGGUGAAGGUGAUGGGGUCCCGGUGAAGGUCAAGAUUGCUUGCGCACCCAAACUGCGGGUGCUCGGUUACUUGGAGCCAAGAAUUCACCAGCUGCACAUCGGUGACAAAGUCAUCAAGCCUAACACAAGGGCGAGCCCGAGCACCAUGGUUCCAGGCGUCAAGAUAUUGGGCCUGAAGGUUAACUUUGGUGCCUUGGAGGAGGUCAAGAUGCUGGUCAGCUUCCUCAGGUGCUUUCCCAACGUCGAGAUACUGCACAUCGAGUCUGCUCCAGCCGAUGGACCCACUGGACGGCACCUUGCCAAGUUCUGGAGGGAGGUCCGUCCUGUUAACUGCAUCAAGUCACACGUCAAGAAGGUCUAUGUCCAUGAAUUCCGCGGCGAUCAGAGCGAAUUUGAGUUCAUCAAGUUCAUUGGCAGCAACGCGCAGCAGCUGCAGGCUGCACUGGUUGUGCUGACCAAAGAAAAAUUUGAUUCGGCGGAUCAGGCUAAUGAGCUGACACGCAAAUUGGGGGAUCACACCUAUCACCCAUGGGCCGGUAAGGAUGUUGUGUUGCUGGUGCUAGGGCCAAACCCAAAGGAUGGCGUCUGGAAGCGGAGCUUCCCGAAAGCGUCUGACCUUACCGUUGACGACCCGUUUCAUUGAUGCACCUGAGAUUGCCUAUAUAUUUCCAUGAUCCGAGCUCUUUUGGGGAAUCACUGGUUGUUCGACAUGCAAGGCACUAUUGAGUAUUUAGGCAUCUAUGUUUGUUCUUAACCAAGGCAUGAAUCUUUCGACUAUCAUGACUCUAUGAGUAUCUGAAAGUGUUGAAGCUAGUAGUCCUAUGGUUCACUCAAAAGAUGCUGUGACCUAUCAUUUUAUCUAAUGCCUCUCUGUGUGUUCUAAAUG